AUGGCCUGGGCCCCAAAGCAGAAGUGGACAGAGCCAAGUCUAAGGGAUCCCAGGGCUGGCAGGGCCUACAGAGAUGUCAGGGGAGGAAGAGGUGGCAGAAAUGGCAGAGGCCAGGGCUGGGGCAGCUCCUCCAGCCACCUGGAGCCUAGGGCUCCUGGCCCCAGAAGCCCUCCUCUUGUUUUUAUGAUAAAAAACAGUCUGAUUGGCGCAGUUAUCGGUCAUGGAGGAUCAAAAAUAAGAGACAUUCAGAGUAUGACAAACACGAAAAUACAGAUCAAACCAGUACAGGGUAAUUCCGAAGCUGAGGUAAACAUUUUUGGCAGCAAGGAGAUGCAAGAAAAGGCCAAAGAAGUUAUAGAAACUAUUGUUGAAAAACAAGGAAGAAACUACCAGUAUUCUGAACGCAUUGUUAAUAAUGCUGCAUCACAACCAUCUGUUGCAAGAGACUUAACCACAGAUAACACUGUUAGAGAAGUACAACCAUCGAUAGACUGGGAUCGAAUUAAGGCAAGAGAGAAAGACUGGGAAAAAAGAAAAUGGGAAGAUUUAGCACCAAUCAAAAAAGACUUUUACAUAGAAUCCAAAGCAACAAGUUCUCUGUCUCAAAUGCAGGCAGAUAUUUGGAGGAAAGAAAAUUUCAAUAUAAUUUGUGAUGAUUUGAAAGAUGGCGAACAACGUUCUAUCCCCAACCCAACCUUGAAAUUUGAAGAUGCUUUCCAGAAUUAUCCUGAAUUAAUGGAAAAUAUUCAAAGAGCAGGCCUUCAAAAGCCAAUGCCAAUCCAAUCACAGAUGUGGCCAAUUGUUCUACAAGGUAUAGAUCUUGUAGGAGUCUCCCAAACUGGAACAGGUAAAACUUUGUCUUAUUUAUUGCCCGGCCUUAUUCACAUCAAUUCUCAACUAACACCCAGAGAACAAAGGAAAGGUCCUGGCAUGCUAAUCCUUACACCGACAAGAGAAUUAGCUCUCCAGGUAGGAAAUGAAUGUUCUAAGUAUUCAUAUAAAAAUAUGAAAAGUCUUUGCAUAUAUGGUGGUGGAAAUAGACAACAACAAAUCAAAGAUAUUGCCAAAGACAUAGACAUCGUUAUUGCAACUCCCGGGCGCCUGCAUGAUCUGCAAAUGAAUAAUUAUAUCAACCUUAGAAGCAUAACUUACUUAGUCUUAGAUGAAGCCGAUAAAAUGCUAGAUAUGGGAUUUCAAUAUCAGAUCAUGAAGAUCUUAUUGGAUGUGCGCCCAGAUCGGCAAACUGUUAUGACAAGUGCAACUUGGCCAGAUCCCAUUCGCCGACUUGCACAGACUUACUUGAAAGAGCCUAUGAUGGUUUAUGUUGGUACUCUGGAUCUAGUUGCUGUCAAUACAGUGAAGCAAAAUAUAAUUGUUACCACAGAAGAUGAAAAACGAUAUCUUAUCCAAGAAUUCCUACAGAGUCUGUCCCCCAAAGACAAAGUCAUCGUGUUUGUCAGUAGAAAACUUGUCGCUGAUGACUUAUCCAGCGAUUUAAGCCUUCGAGGCCUAUGUGUACAAUCCCUGCAUGGAAACAGAGAACAAAGUGAACGUGAGCAAGCAUUAGAUGACUUUAAAAGUGGAGAUGUGAGAAUACUAAUUUCUACUGAUCUAGCAGCCCGAGGCCUUGAUGUUGAUGAUGUCACACAUGUAUAUAAUUACGAUUUCCCAAUAAAUAUUGAAGAAUAUGUACACAGAAUAGGGCGUACUGGAAGAGCAGGGAAGACUGGCAUGUCCAUUACCCUUAUGACUAGAAGAGAUUGGAAGAUUGCUCCUGAAUUGAUUAAAAUUCUGGAAAGAUCAAAUCAAAGUAUCCCAGAAGCUCUUGCAAGAAUGGCCCAAAGAUACAAGUUAGAUGAACAAAAAGGAGACACAGAAAAAAAAUCAAAACGAUUUCAACAAAAACCCAGGGAGUUUCGUUAA